AUGUCGGUACUUCUGUGCAAGCAGGCGUGUCUGGGACAGGGCAGUGCUGCCUUUGUGGUAUCCGGGGUGGAUUGCUACUGCACCAACAGCUCCAACGUCUCCGCUGCCUCCCUCGCCCCUCACUUCUGCUCGGCCCCUUGUGUCGCGCAUGCGCACCAGGCGUGCGGCAGCAAAGGUUUCGCGCUGUGGUAUACGACAGGUGUUUCCCCUCUAGAAAUAGCCCAGUCCUGCGCAGACAUUAUUAACAACGGGUUACUACUUAAUUUGACCUAUGUACUAACUAACAACUCGGGGUCCAGUUUGUUUACCAGAAACUGUUACUUCGACUGCGGACCCUUGAUGCUGGCGGAUGCCGUGACGUCGGGUGACGCAAGCAACACCAUCUACCGUGCAAACGUCACGGUCACGUGUCCGGAGGGUCAGACACUGGCCAGCGGCCACCCGGAAUACGCUGUGUGUACUCGAGAUGGAUGGAGUGAAACCAACUUUACGUGUGAUGUGGGAUCGUGCCCGGAAGUGACGCUUCUCAACGCUAACCUCAGCGAUCCCAGCAGAACCUACUCCAGCACCGUCACCGUGACCUGUGACCCCGGCACCAUGGUCAUGGAUGGUGCUCGGAGCUACACCAUCACGUGCACCGAGACGUUAGAGUGGUCGCCCACGCCAGUGGACUGUUAUGGUCUUGUGAGCUCCCUGAGUCACUCUCACCCUUUCCUUGCAAGUCGCUAA